CACACAUGUGCUGAGCAUCGCAGUGGCAACCUUGGUAAUUGUAGUUGUUGUUUACAAAUAGAGCAUGCCACCCAAAAAGGAUGCAAAAGGCGGAAAGGAUGCCGCAAAAGGUGGAAAAAAGCCAGCAGCGGAGGAUAAAAGUGCUGGCAAGGAGAAGAAGGGCGGCAACUCAGUGAAAGUGCGGCACAUUCUCUGCGAGAAGCAAGGCAAGAUUAUGGAAGCCAUGGAGAAACUUAAGGCAGGUCAAAAGUUUCCCGAAGUGGCGACCGCGUACAGCGAGGAUAAGGCACGCCAAGGCGGCGACUUGGGCUGGCAGAUACGCGGCGCCAUGGUCGGACCCUUCCAGGAUGCAGCCUUCGCUUUGCCCAUUUCGACCGUCAACAAUCCCGUUUACACCGAUCCACCGAUUAAGACGAAAUUUGGUUACCACAUUAUUAUGGUUGAGGGAAAGAAAUGAGCAAAAGUGAUUUUACAAAUCGUAUUUAUUGUGGUCUCUCAAUAUAUGUUAUAAAAAUA